CCACUGUCUAAUCAACACCUCCUGAAUUGUCAAAUGCGUCAACCAUAUUCCUUUCCUCUUACUUCUGUUGCUGUUUCAAUAUUUCUCCCUCAAAACAUAUCAUCUUAUUUUAUCUUCACCUCCCAAUAUAAAUACUCACAACUUUUGAACCUUUUCUCCAUUCAUUCAUUUCUGUUAGUAUUAUCUCUUUCACACAAAACAAACACAAAAACUACACAACAAGAAACAGAAUAUAAAAAAUUCAUAUUGUAUAGUGAAGCCUGAACCAAACAAACAACAUUAACACCAACAACAUAAAAAAUUUGAUAAUCACAACUAUGGCAGAAGAACAAUUUCAAGGAAGUGGAAAUUGGUGGGAGACUCCAGCUAGAAACAUGAGGUUUGAAAGUUGGCAACAACAACAACAACAACAUCAUGAUACUAUGUCUGCUUCAGGUAGUUCCUCUGUGGUUUUCCAUGAUACCCUUAAACUUCAACCUUCAGAUUCUUCAAAUUCCAACAAUGACUCCAACUUGCAUAUGAUGGAUUUGGGACUUUCAUCUCAAACCAUUGAUUGGAAUCAAGCAUCUUUAUUAAGAGGUGAAAAAUCUUCAGAGGGAAGUUUCAGGUCCAUGCUACAAGAAAAUUUAAACUCAUCAAACACAAAUUUUCAACAAGAAAAUGAAGGAGUUAGAGUUGGAUUGUCACAUCAAGUUAAUUGGAAACAAGAAAAGUUGUUUUCAACAGAAUCUUCUAACAAUGAAUUCAAGCAAGUGAAUAGAGGUUUUUCAUUAGAUCAAACACAGUUUAGUCCUCAAUAUAGUUCUGAAGAAAGUAACAUGAUAAGCCAAGGUUUAUCAGCUUGUAGUAGUACUACUUUUCAAAUUGAUUCUUCAACUAUAUAUGGUAACUCUUCAAUGUUACAAGGACUUUUAGGAAAUGAAACAAAUCAAAUUCAACAACAACAAGCUAUGAAUUUUCCAUACUCAACAAGCUAUGGUUUGACUACAAAUGAGUUAAUGCCUUCUUGGUCUAAAGUAACUCAUCAAAAACAACAACCACAAAAUAACCAAUUGCAUUUCACAAAUAAUGCUCCCUUUUGGAAUGCUUCAGAGGGUACUAUUAAGGAUGCUCCAUCUAGCUUCUUGCCUCCAUUUGCCACACCGAUUUUUGGUACACCCCAACCAAAGAAUAUAUCUGAAGGUAGAGACUCAAGUAGUGUGGCGAAGAAAAGUGGUAGUGAGCCUGCACCCAAAAGGCCUAAAAAUGAAACCCCAUCACCUUUGCCAGCUUUUAAGGUGAGAAAAGAGAAGAUGGGGGACAGAAUCACUGCACUCCAACAAUUGGUUUCACCUUUCGGAAAGACUGAUACAGCCUCAGUGCUCUCUGAAGCAAUUGAAUAUAUCAAAUUCCUCCAUGAACAAGUGACUGUUUUAAGCACCCCAUAUAUGAAAAGUGGAGCUCCUAUACAGCAUCAACAGGUAGUAAUUCUGGUAAAUCUAAGGAAACAGAGGGUCCAAAACAGGAUCUUAGAAGCAGAGGGCUAUGCUUGGUACCAGUUUCUAGUACAUUUCCAAUGACUCAUGAACCAACUGUUGAAUAUUGGACACCAACAUUUGGUGGAACUUUCAGAUAAUUAAUAAAAGUUUUGAAGAAAAAAAAAAGUGGCACGGAACCAAUACUUGGCAACUAGGACAUGUCUUAUCACAAAACAUGGCCAAGUUGGUAAUCAUCAUAUGAAAGAAAAGAGACAACACACAACAAGGCCACAUAAAUAUGUAAAGUUUGUUACCUCUGCAAAAAGAGAUUAUAAAAUGUGUUUAAAGAGGGAGAAAAGGGUAUGACCCUUUGAAAGAAAGGUCAUAGAGAGCCAAUUGAAGUCAAGUACAUAGAGAAUGAUGCAGGGAUUUUGGCCAAUUUUGGGGAUCAUUGUGGAGCACAUUAAUUAAGUUGUUGUAAUAAUUGAAGGAUUAUAUGCUUACAAAAGUGGGAUUAUAAGAAUGACAAAGUUGCUGAAUAUAGGGAAGUUUCUAAUUCUAAAAUAGAUGGGAAAUUAUUUUAACAUAAGAUAAAGUGCUUUAUUAAUUUCUUUUUGUUAUUAAAUAUUUCUUCUAUCUCGUAAUAUGAGCAGAACUAAAAAUGAAUUAAAAAAAAAGUAAAUGAAUAUGAUUUAAAUUUUGAAUCA